AUGGUCCGUCGCGCGACGGCUGCAGGUAGCAUUUCAUGUCAUUUCUCUUGUUCAUGCGCUCCAAUGUUGGAUGAUGCCAUUCCAGAGAUCAGCUCUGAAUGUAUCAGAAUGGAUCAUCUGUUCUUAAGAUUUCUCCCUGUGUUUCGGCAGAGAUCGAACUUUCAACUCAACCCUGUAGCCGAAGUUCAAGAUCCACAACAAGGCUUCAUUCAUGGUGUUGGUUUCAAUCGUUUACAACAACAACAACAAGAGUUUGCAAACAGAACCUCUGCCCCGAGGAGGAACUUCGCCUUUUGUGCAUGUAUUGCGAUUAAACUGAUGAAUGCAAGCCUGCGUGCAUGUUUUGAGAACAGGAAUCAUCAUCGGUUCAAUUUGGUAGCGGCAGUCCUUAAUGUACUGGGUUUGAUGUGCUUGUGA